AUGAAGAAAAGCAUCAAGCUCCUUGCCGAGAGCGCGUCGUACCGCAAGUGGGGGUACACGUUGGCCGACUAUUUCUCCAAGCGCUUCUUCCGCGUGUACCCGCUGUUUGCUCUCUUGUCGAUCGCGCUGUGGCUCAUGCCGUUCGAGUACAAACACCGCUAUUAUCUGGUGAAACAGCCCGAAGAUUUCAACCUCUUCAAGACACUCACGUUUCAUCCGGAGCACCGACACUACCUCAUGUGGACACUGCCGUUGGAGAUCUCGUACUAUUUCAUCUUGCCUGCUUUCGUGCUGACUGUUCUGAAACUGGGUCACUUCUGGUGGAUGGCAUUUGUGCCCUUGUACGUCUGGAUGAUUCACGAGGGUCUGUACACGACUCGAGACAGCUUCUACCGUCAGCCACUGAGCAUGCACCUGCCGACGUUUGUGGCGGGGUCUAUGGCGGCGAUCAUUUUCGUGAAGCUGGAAGCGUGGAUCAAAGCAACGAGUUUCAAGUUCCGUACUCUCCAUGUCGUCGCUCUUCCGGUCGUUGAGGCCAUUUUGAUCGCAGUCUACCUCAGUGUGGUCUUCCGUGGACUUUUCUUCAAUUGGUUGGGCAUGCCAUUGCCACCAUCCACGAGAUACAUCAUGCCGUUCACGAGUGUCAAGUUGUCUCUGCUGAUAGUCAUCGAGAUGGUCCGGCCGUCCACGGUCUCCCAGGUCUUCGAGUGGAUCGUGCUGCGGUACUUGGGCAAGAUCAGCUUUUCCGUGUACUUGCUGCACGUACGUUCGCCGUGUUUGGUCUUGUGA